AUGAUCGUUCUUAGUUGGAACUGUCGAGGGCUUAGGAACCCUCAUACAGUUCAUGACGUUCGAUGGAUGGUGAAGGUUAAGCGGCCCAAUUUGGUCUUCCUCAUGGAGACCAAGCUACGACAAAAUAAGAUGGAAGGUAUACGAAUGAAACUGGGUUUUGGAAAUAUGUUUGUGGUGGAUUGUGUUGGAUGGAGUGGAGGAUUGGUACUUUUUUGGGAGGAUGGAAGUGGGGUUGAAAUUCAAAAUUUUAGCCACCAACAUAUCAAUGCAAUUGUAAGUAACCAAAACCAUAGUAUGGAAUGGAAGUUCACUGGCUUCUAUGGCCACCCGGAGGCGUCGAAGCGUAAUGAGGUGUGGGAUUUACUGAAAUACUUGGCUCAAAUUUGCCCGAAACCUUGGAUGUGCAUUGGAGAUUUUAAUGAGGUGAUGACAAUGUCGGAAAAACGGGGUGCAAAUGUGCGUCCAAGGGGCUUAAUGCAAGCUUUCCAACAUACCUUAGAGGAGUGUGAGAUGGCAGAUUUGGGCUACUGUGGCCCAAAAUUCACUUGGAGCAAUUGCCAAGAAGGAGUGGGGUUGAUAAAGGAGAGGCUUGACAGGGUUCUGGCCAACCAUGAAUGGAGGAGUUUAUUUCCGGAUGCAGUGAAUCAUGUAAGUGUAACUACCAACUCUGACCAUGCUCCACUUUUUCUCCAUCUACUACAUUCACAAUCCACAGGGAGGAAAAAGGCCAAAUUUCGCUAUGAAUCUUGUUGGGCAGCAUUGGCGGGCUGUAAGGAUGCUAUUGAUAGUGCAUGGUCGAAGCAAUAUACACAGGGAGGAUAG